UUCAUGUUGCUUGGCCUCCUACUACAAGAAAGGCAAGGCUUUAGUUGGUUUGAGUGUUUCUUUAUUUGAGUGAAAAUGGGGAGAUCACAUCAAUAUGUUGGAGUACUUGCUUUAGUGCUAAUAUUGGUCAUAGGAACAGUAGAAUGUCACUUUAAAAAGAAUGAGAAGUCAGUGGAGAACUUUGGAGAAGGUGAUGGCUUGGGUGGUGGACUUGGAGGUGGUGCUGGAGGUGGCGGCGGAACAGGAGGAGGAAUUGGUGGAGGUGGCGGAGCUGGUAGAGGUGUUGGAGGUGGCUUUGGAGGGGGUAAAGGUGGUGGAGUAGGAGGAGGUAUUGGAGGUGGGCAUGGUGGUGGAAUCAGUGGAGGUGGCGGAGCUGGUGGUGGUGCAGGUGGAGGCUUUGGAGGUGGUAAAGGUGGUGGAGUAGGCGGAGGGAUAGGAGGUGGUCAUGGUGGUGGUGCUGGCGGUGGAAUAGGCGGAGGAGCUGGUGGUGGUACAGGUGGAGGUUUUGGAGGUGGUAAAGGUGGUGGAGUAGGAGGAGGUAUUGGAGGAGGACAUGGGGGUGGAAUUGAUGGAGGCGGUGGAGCUGGAGGUGGUGUAGGUGGAGGCUUUGGCGGUGGUAAAGGUGGAGGAGUAGGUGGAGGGAUUGGAGGCGGUCAUGGUGGUAGCAUAGGAGGAGGAGCUGGCGGAGGUGGUGGUGCUGGAGGUGGUGCAGGUGGUGGCACAGGAGGUGGCAUAGGAGGAGGAGGUGGUGGAGGUGGUGGUGCCGGUGGAGGCUUUGGAGGUGGCAAAGGUGGAGGAGUCGGAGGAGGACUUGGUGGUGGUGGCGGUACUGGUGGGGGUUUUGGAGGUGGUGCUGGUGGUGGCGGAGGAGUUGGUGGUGGUUACUAAUUUUACCAAUCACAUAGUUCUAAACUUAUAAAUCUCUAAUACGUUGAAGUCUUAUAUGUAUCCAUGCAAUAUGCUAGCUAGUUAGCUACAUGAAGAUGCAACUACAUACGCAUCAUAUAUAUCAAUGAAAUAAGUGUUGAGUUUUUGGCUU